AUGGGACGUGAAGCACCAACAGCCACUCUCUCGCGCCUAGCGUACCAAAAGAUUGUGUACCAUGCCGCAAAGUAUCCAUCAGCUACUAUCGUUGGCGUAUUGGUCGGUGCAGACGAGUCGAGCGUCGACGAUGUGAUCCCGCUCACGCAUCAUUGGCACACGCUCAGCCCCAUGACCGAAGCGGGCCUUGCGAUGAUCGAGGCACACUUAACAGCUUCAAGAAAACAGAUGGUAGGCGUGUACGAAGUGCCUGAACGUCUGGAUGCAACCGAAGUGUCUAGCACGACGUCGGCCCUCGCAAAGAAGAUCGGCGAAAGAACGUCUCGUACACCGAUUGCUCUUAUGGUGCGUGGUGAUGCAUUGCUGGAAUCCAAACUGGACUCUCUGCGUGCCCAGCGCGACGGAAAGACGGUGACGGUGCAAGUGCCGUCCUACGACACGCUUGUGUCGACGCUGACAGAGCAUGUGCACCAAGGCGCAUGGAAAUCGUUGGCGGAUUGGGACGAUCACCUAGAAAAUACACAGCUCGACUGGCUCGAGAAUGCGGCGAUUUCGGCCUUGUAG